ACUAUGUGUGAGCGAGGCUGAAUGGAGGCAGCCUCUUCCUGGUGGAUAAACAGUGACAGCUACAGGGCAGCCACCUAGACCCAGCACGCAGGCUCUGGCGCUGCCCUGGCAAACAACACCAAAAUGGCUUCAGACAGUACACACAUCGCGCAGUUGACUUCUGAACUGUACUUCCUAAUAGCCCGAUUUCUAGAAGCUGGACCGUGCCAAAAAGCAGCCGAGACCCUGAUAAGGGAGGUGGAGGAGAAGGAGCUGCUUCCCAAAAGGCUGGACUGGACAGGGCUGGAACACCCCGGGACAUACGAAAAUUUGGUCAAACUCUACAGACACAUCAGCCCAGACCACCUGCUGCAGGUGUGCACCAGAGUCUGUCCCCUGCUGGAAAGGGAGGUCCCUGCCAGCGUGCCUGGACUCACCAGUCUUUUGGGGGCCGGCCGACAGAAUCUCCUCCGCACCAGCAAGAGUUGCAAGCAUGUCGUGUGGAAGGGUUCAGCACUGGCCGCUCUGCAUUGUGGAAGACCACCCGAGCCUCCUAUUAUUUAUGGGAGCCCCCCCAACAUAGUGGAGACGAGCUACAGCCGCCGGCUGAACGGCUCCUACCGUCUGCGGCAGCUGGUGCCCACGGCUGUGUACCAACACAUGAAGAUGCACAAGAGGAUCUUGGGACAUCUGUCGUCAGUGUACUGUGUGACGUUUGACCGGACGGGGCGACGCAUCUUCACCGGCUCAGACGACUGCCUCGUGAAGAUCUGGGGUACAGACCAUGGGCGUCUGCUGGCAACCCUGCGUGGCCACGCCGCUGAGAUUUCUGACAUGGCCGUCAGCUAUGAGAACACCAUGAUUGCUGCAGGAUCCUGUGACAAGACCAUCAGAGUGUGGUGUUUACAGACCUGCGCCCCUUUGGCGGUACUGGAGGGACACGCAGCGUCCAUCACCUCGCUGCAGUUCUCGCCUCUUUGUAGUGGCUCCAAGCGCUACCUGUCCUCCACCGGAGCCGAUGGCACCAUCUGCUUCUGGCAGUGGGAUGCUCGUACGCUCAAGUUUGGCCAGAGGCCCAGUAAAUUCACAGAGCGCUCCAGGCCUGGUGUCCAGAUGAUCUGCUCCUCCUUCAGUGCAGGUGGGAUGUUCCUCGCCACAGGAAGCACUGAUCACAUCAUCAGGGUGUACUACUUUGGGUCGGGUCAACCAGAAAAGAUUUCUGAGCUUGAAUCCCACACUGACAAAGUUGACAGCAUCCAAUUUUCACAUUGCAGCGACAGGUUUGUGAGCGGCAGCAGGGAUGGUACAGCUCGAAUCUGGCAGCUGCAGCCUCAGGGUUGGAGGAGCGUUCUGCUGGACAUGCAGACCAAAUUACCGGGGAAGUACAACCCCCCUCCACUUGAAGACAAGGUGACUAAGCUGAAAGUUACCAUGGUAGCAUGGGAUCGCCAUGACAGUACAGUGAUCACAGCAGCCAAUAAUCUGACGCUGAAGGUGUGGAACUCCAUCACAGGGAACUUGGUCCAUGUGUUAAUGGGUCAUGAGGAUGAGGUAUUCGUCCUGGAGCCGCAUCCUUUUGAUCCAAGAAUCCUGUUCUCUGCUGGGCAUGAUGGGAAUUGCAUCGUGUGGGACCUGGCCAGAGGAGUAAAGAUCCGCUCAUACUUCAACAUGAUUGAGGGCCAAGGGCAUGGAGCAUUAUUUGACUGCAAAUGCAGCCCUGAUGGGCAGCACUUUGCAGCCACAGAUUCCCACGGUCACCUGCUCAUCUUUGGCUUUGGCUCCAGCAGCAAGUAUGAUAAGAUUGCAGACCAGAUGUUCUUCCACACUGACUACCGGCCACUUAUCCGAGACGCCAACAAUUAUGUGCUGGAUGAGCAAACUCAGCAGGCUCCACACCUAAUGCCUCCUCCCUUCCUGGUAGAUGUGGAUGGGAAUCCUCACCCCCCGAGAUACCAGCGACUGGUGCCCGGCAGGGAGGGCUGCAGAGAUGAGCAGCUGAUUCCUCAGAUGGGGGUCACUUCUUCUGGCCUGAACCAAGUGGUGAGCGAGCAGGCGGUGGAUGGGCCCAGUCCUCUGGACACCAUGAUUCAGAGGCUGCAGCAGGAACAGGACCAAAGGCUGGGAACCAACGAUGCCUCUGCUUCCACUAGGGCUACCAGAGGAUCUGUAGGUUCACCCACAGAGGUACACUCCCCACCCAAUGUUGGUCUCCGACGCAGCGGACAGAUUGAGGGUGUCCGACAGAUGCACAGCAACGCCCCUCGCAGCCAGAUGGCCACAGAGGGAGACCUGGUGGCCUGGAGCCGCAGAGUGCUGGUCCCUGAACUGGAGGACGCCUCAGUCAGGAGGCAGGUGACCUGGCGCGAAGCUAAAGGAGAAGAGGAGAUCAAUAUUUAUCAGUCAGAAAGGAGGAGACGUACAAUCCACUCUCUCCCCAAAGAGAGCAGGGUUCAUCCAACAUCAGAAUGCGUUGUGGAGGAAGGGAGGAAGAGCCAGGGGAACCACGGCUAUCACACUCGAGCAACCAUGGAAGAGACCAGCCGUCAGAGUGCUGAGGGUGCUGAUGACGAUGAAAGCACCUCAGAGGGUGAAGUGGAGGUUCGUCAAAUUAACGGACACUCCUCAGAGGAUGAGAAGGAUGAGGAAGAAAAGGAGCCCUGGCCAGAUGACCACAGCAGUUCAAGCGAUUACUCCAGCGAUUAUUCUGACUGGACCGCGGAUGCAGGGAUCAACCUGGAGCCACCCAAGAAGAGCGUCAAGGUGAAAAAGAAAAGCAGUGGCUCUGAGGAGGAUGCAGAGAAGAAGAGGGAGGGGAAGAAGGAGAAGAAGAAAGACAAACCAGACAAAGAUGGUGCAUUGCCAAAGAAGAAAAAGCCAAAGGAGAAGAGGAAGAGGACUGAGUUUCAGGAGCAAGGUCUAACCCUGGAAGAAUGGCUUCCCUCUGCCUGGAUCACAGACACAGUCCCCAGGAGAUGCCCUUACAUACCCCAGAUGGGAGACGAGGUGUACUACUUCCGACAGGGUCAUGAAGCUUAUGUGGAAAUGGCCAAACAAAAAAAGAUUUUCAGCAUCAACCCUAAGAAACAGCCAUGGCACAAGAUGGAACUACGGGAGCAGGAGUUGAUGAAGAUAGUUGGCAUCAAGUAUGAGGUUGGUUUGCCCACUCUGUGCUGUCUGAAGCUUGCUUUUUUGGACCCUGACUCUGGCAAACUGACAGGUGGAUCAUUCUCCAUGAAGUACCACGACAUGCCGGAUGUAAUUGACUUCCUGGUUUUGCGGCAGCAGUUUGACAACGCCAGAAAGAGGCAGUGGAGUAUAGGUGACAGGUUUAGGUCAGUGAUUGAUGAUGCCUGGUGGUUUGGGACCAUUGAGAGCCAGGAGCCCUACCAGUCCCAGUAUCCUGACAGCUUGUUCCAGUGCUAUAAUGUCUGCUGGGAUAAUGGAGACACAGAGAAGAUGAGUCCUUGGGACAUGGAGCUCAUCCCUGAUGAUGCCACAUUUCCUGAUGAGUUGGGCCUGAGCGUCCCGCUGACUGAGGAGGAGCAGAAGGAGCUGCUGUACGUCCCUCUGGAUGGAGAAUGGGGCUGCCGCAUGCGCUCAGAAGAGUGUGAACGCAUCAUCAAGGCCAUCGACCAGCUUUGUACACUUGAUGUGGCAGCACCAUUUUCCUUCCCGGUGGACCUUCAGGCUUACCCGACAUACUGCACUGUGGUGGCCUAUGUCACUGACCUCAGCACCAUACGCCAAAGGCUGGUGAAUCGCUUCUACAGACGGCUUUCCUCUCUGAUGUGGGAGGUGCGUUACAUAGAACACAACGCACAGACGUUCAACGAGCCGGGAUCUUUCAUCGUCACCACCGCUAAGUUCUGCUCUGACCUCAUGCUGGCGUUCAUCAAGGACCAAAGUCUAACAGACCUCAUGCCUCUCCACAAAACUAUGAAGAAGGCCACCUUCUCGGACUCUGAAGAUGAGGAUGAUGAAGAAGAGGAUGAAGACAUUAAUACUCCUGGAACAUCCACAAGAAACAAUAAGGGCCGUCGACCCAUGCAACGCCAACUGCGAACUCGUCCUCCACUGUACGAUCCUCAUGCCUGGAGAGGACGCUGUAAAGAGUUGUUGGAUCUCAUUUUUCAGUGUGAAGAUUCUGAGCCCUUCAGAGAACCUGUGGACCUACAAGAAUACCCGGACUACCUGCAAAUAGUCGACUCACCAAUGGACUUUGGGACGGUUCUUAAAACGCUGACUGAAGGAAAGUACCAGUCUCCCAUUGAGCUCUGCAAAGAUGUCAGGCUCAUUUUUAGCAAUUCCAAAGCUUACACGCCCAGUAAGAAGUCCCGGAUAUACAGCAUGAGUCUGAGGCUUUCUGCACUGUUCGAGGAGCAUGUAAGCUCCAUCCUAGCUGACUACAAGGCCAUCCAUGGCCUGACAGAUAAACUGACCAGACAGGGCACAGACAGACAGACACGACACACUGCAGACAGACAAACACGGCACGCAAUGAAGAGGAGGAGGAGGAGGAGCGAGUCCCCUGCCAGCAGCAAUGCAUCCAGCCCAGAGAGGAAGAGGCGGGUAUCGUCCAGGGUGACUGGAAAGAGGGAGCCAUCCCCAGCUCCUUCACGGCCCUCCUCUUCAAGACAGAGCGUCCCACAGAAAACACCACCUCAGCUGGUCAACGGCAGGGUGGAUACACCAGCUUCAGGGCGUACACGUAGCGCUGCACGCCAGCAUACGAACUCUUCCCCAUCAUCAAAUACCAUCACAAACAACACGCCGAGCACAGCAGAAUCUUCUCGCACGUUGCGGGCUCAUAAUUCUGUGUCAGCUUCAGCUCCCCCGGCUCCUGAAAAGCAGACACUCUCCCAACCCACAGAGAGUAGUGGUGGAAGCACUCGCCGGAAACUCAGGACGCCUGUGCGACACACACCUGGCUCUCCUGUCAACCCAUCGUCUCAGAGCACAGUCCACCUGAACGGCCACAGUAGCCAUGUGACGCUAGGUGUAGGGAGAAGGGGACGGAAGUCCAGAGUGGACUCGCCGGCGAGCCCCCAAGAAGUCACGUCCCCACCCAGCCCUUCCAGACCCCGAGGUCGCCCACCCGGCAAGAAGAGAGGCAGAAAGAGCAAGCAGGACCUCGGAGAGAUGAGGCAAAGCAGCAAUCGUAGGAGCUCCACUCCUGACGAUGAGCUCGACCACUCCACAGGUGAUGAAGGAGGCGCGUCCUCCACGCAGGAAACUUCACUGCUGUCAGACUCUGGUGCAACAUCAACGCCCAGGCGGCGAGGUCGUCCCCGAGCAGUAAGAACUGAGAAAGCUGCCCCUCCUGCAGAGUCCCCUGAGCCUUCACCGCUGAGGAGGAGCAGCAGGAGAGCCAACGAGGAAGUCACGCCUCCUCUCCAGGCUGUCUCUCAACGAUCCAAUCGGAAAGAGCCCACAAAGGAGGAGGCAGGGGAGGGGGGAGUUGGGUCCAUGCGCACACGUAACCAGGGACGACGGUCAGCCUGGUACAUGGAGGAGGAUUCUGAGGAGGAGCAGAGGCAGCUGCUGUUUGAGGACUCAUCAAUAACCUUUGGCACCUCCUCAAAGGGGCGUGUCCGCAAACUGACAGAAAAGGCCAAAGCCAACCUCAUAGGCUGGUAACAGAACAGAUGCACAAGCCUGAGCGCUUGGCGAGAGAAUAAAACUGAGAUUUCUGAGCUGACGCUGCAGAGGAGUCAAAGAAUCCGUGUUGUAUGGGUUUCUGUGUGCAUAUAUGUCUGUGAGCAUGUGGGAAGCCACCGGUACAGCUAAUUCACGCCGUGGAGAGAAACUCUGCCUCUGACCCCACCCCCCUCCCUGCCCAGUAAGCAAAUCAACACGGCAUGUUCACUUGUUCCAACUCCUCCUAUGUUAUUGAUCCAUGUUGGAUCCCACAGGAGCUUGUGGAGUCUCAUGUUGGUGGCGGUGUGCCUCACCUCUGUCCAGUGAACACCUCUUAAACACAGUUUGCUGUCAGAUUGUGUGAAAGAGAAGUGAAACAGACUUGCAGUACUUGAAAAAAAUCACAAGGAAUCACAAGGAGACCAGAUCUUAUUUCAAUCUUAAUAUUUUUGAGGACCUUUCAAGUGUCUCCACUGGGAAGGUGAAAGAUGCCCAUGGAGCUGAAAUUGUUAGGUCAGGGAUUGACUACAGACCCCCAGACUAACAGCAUCCUUCAUUGUUCCUGCUCUCUGUUUUUCUGUUUCCUUUUAUACAACCUGCUCUCUGCUCUGCUUUUUCUAAUAUUUGUACGUGAUGAUCAGCUCUGUUUCUGAAGGUCUUACACGUUGGCUGACCUGAGUGUGUCUGUCUGCGCUAAAAUACCAAAUGGUGUACCUUUGUUGGUACUGUAGAUCUGUUGAUUUUUCUUUUUCUUUUGCAUGUUAAUUACUUUUAUUUCUUUACAGAAGCUGUUUUUACUGUAAGGAAGAGCAAAAGGAUGCAUGGGUGAAGAGUCAUUUACAGUAUGUCUCUAUAGAUCAUGUUUCAGUGCGUCUUCAACAUUAGCAAUACCUUGUGCCUUUAUGUCUAUCGUAAAUGUGUGUGCUUGCGUGCGUGCAUGGCCUCUCCAUGUGCCUGUCUGUGUAUGAAUGCAAGUUGCGACUAUAACGAGUGUGUGUCAUUGAAGAAGUUGUGUGAGUGUGUGUGUGUGCUUUUUAUAACACAAGUGAGCGUGACAUUCACUUGGAGCGUACAAACAGUGGCAUACAGUUUGAUCGUUGUGAAACCUCUCAAAGAAAUGUAUUUAUAGCAGCCCAAAAAGAAUUUACCGUUGUUGUAAGCAUACCAUUAUUCAUGUGGAUAUAUCGUCCUAUAACCAACCUUUUUUUCCUCAGUUUCUACCUAAGGUACAGAGAGUGGAGCUUUUGGGUAAUUAGCUUUGAGAUGUACUUAACCACAGACCGGUUAUCACCGCAGUCCGAGGGGAGCAACUUUGUUUUGUUUUUUUUUUCUUAGUUUGUUUGUUUUUUUUUUAUAUAAGCUUUUAAAAUGUUGUGGUGACACGUGCACACAUAUUACACAAACAGUUCGGUUUUGCAUGCUCUAGCCUUUUCUCACGCCUGAAGGAAAUGGGAUGGAGUCAGAUCGAGCUGGAUGUGGUUGGAAAGCUAACUGGAGAAAGCCUAGUCUUAGAUUCACCUGUCUGAUUGUGUGCCUUUGCUAUUCUGGCAUAUUGAAUUUAUUUUAUUUUUUUUAUUUUUUUCUCACUUUGGAGUCUUUUUUUUUGUUUUGUUUUUUUUUUUUGUUUCUUUGUUUUUGGACUUCCUGGUUCAGAGAACUGGAUUUUGGGGACCCAACCGGACCUUACAUGCAUGUACUAAGGGGCUAACAGAGGAGAGAAAAGACAGAAAUUUCUAAUCUGACAGGGGAUGGAAGAAUUAUGUCACUUUGUUCACACAAACUUUAUAGAUAGUUUAUAAAGAUAGCUGCAUCCUGUUCUUUUUCUCUUUUUUUCCUGAUCCCCAGCGCAGAGCACAUGAAUGCCAAAUUCUGAGAGUUUAAUCGUUUUGUAGGGCUGACUGGGGGAGAACUGGAUGGUAGCAUCUAUAUACACCUGGUUCAUCUCAUAGGUCACACAUUACUAAACAUAUAUCUCAUCUGUUUAUUAUUGUUCGUGUUGUUUUUGUAAUGGAUUUUUUUUUUUGUCAAUGCCAAAUUCUGUCUUUGGGCACUGAAGUUUUAGAACAUGGCUUUUGAAUGUCUUUGUUUUCUUAAAGAGUUUUAUCGUCUCCAUAGUGGGUGUUCCUUUACAUAUAACGUGUUUGUUUUCUGUCUCUGCCAUACAAGAUAAUAUAUCAGUGUCUAGAUAUGUGGAAAUUAAUGGUGGGUUUUCUCUGCUACACGUUUCAAGAAAUGAUUCACAACACUUUGUUUAUAAUGUGUACAUGAAGAGUUUAUUUUCCACCUCAAUUGUUUUAAAGGACUCUCUCCUUCCUCUGAACGACAGAUGUGAAAGUACAUUUUAUUGUUAUUAAGGCUGAUAUCUUUACCAAUGGAAAAUAUUUAUUUUGUGGGCAGCAUUUUGUUGGUUUUACUGUUUGUUCUAAACUCUAAACUCUUCAUAUGCACAUAAAGACUUUUCAUUGGGUUGUUUAUAUUCCACUAAAACAAAAAAGACAUUUAUACAUUAUAUAUGCACAGAUGAUCAUGAGUAGGAAACAAAAUUGUUGAGCCAGGCUUCUUAAAUUUGAGGUAUAAAUUUAUUCUAAAGAAGUUUACAUAAGCUCAUAUAAAAAUGAAUUAUAUAAUUGAUUGGUAAAUGGCACCUUUUGGCUCAUUAGAUCAAAUUAAUUUUAAUCAGCAACAUGUGCCUACAUUUUUUUACAGGAUUUCCAUCGUUCUUUUAUUAAAUUUAAGAUUCAUUUUAUUUAAAAAGUUUUAAUGAAAAGGUCUAGCAAUUAAGAACGGCACUUCUACAGCAUUUUGGAGUUCACAAAACCAUUAAAACCAUUUAUUCUCUUUAUUUAUGUGGCAGAGUUGUUGGUUGUGGCCCCUGACUGAACAUUUCAGUGUUUGGUAAGAGGUUAAAGGUCACUGCAUGUGUGUGUGAGUGUGAGAGAGAGAGAGUGUGUGAAGUGGGCUGCAUGUGAUCCACCAGAAAGGAGUUUGGGAUUUUUAAGGAGGCACAGGAUGGGAUAUGAGGAACAGGAAGGGAGGGGAAUGGGGUCCGUCUUGUGUGAACUGAUUGACGAAGUUGUCUUUGUUAGUUUGGAUACUUUUUUAUAUAUAAAGGAAUUAAUGCAAAAAAGAAGCAUAAAACCUAGAAUGUAUGUGUAGGGGAGUUCUGCUGUCCUGUUAGUUCAUACCGAUAUUUUAAGUAAAUAAACCGUUGUGUUUCCAUAUCUA